UCCCUACUCAAAUCACAUAGACUCCUCUUCCACUUUCUCAUUCUUUUCUAUCAUAUUACUCUAACUUUCUAUUUAGCCACUAAGAUAUUUUAUUUAUAUAUCAUAUGCUCCAUCGUUUCUCUUGUAUCAAAACACUUGUUCCACACAUGUUCUAUCUUUAAUCACCAAGAAGAAAAUUUCAUCUUGAUUAAAUGUCCAACAUCUUGUUGUUAAUGUUUGAAAUUCAUGUAUCCGAUUCUCAGUGAAAUCUUUUUUUCUGGGUGUAUGAUCAAUUCCACUGUUAGGCGCAGGACCCAUUUAGUUCAAUCUUUCUCUGUUACUUUCCUCUACUGGCUUUACUACGUUUCAUGAUUCUUAAUCUCUCGUAGUUUAUACCUAUAUCAUCUAUAUCUAUAUCAUAAAAUAAAAUAUUUUAUAUUUUCUGCAGUAUUCGUUUUCAUUUUCUAGUGUGUGUCUGGGUCCUGCUAGUGUUGUUGUAUCUUUUUUAUUAAAAGGGUCUAGUUAAGUUCAUUAAUAUCUCAUCAUGGCUUCAUCAAGUGGAACAUCAUCAGGUUCGGGUUCAGGUUCAGGUUCAGGUUCAUCUCUGCUACAAAACUCAGGUUCGGAAGAAGAUUUACAGGCUUUGAUGGAUCAGAGAAAGAGGAAGAGGAUGAUAUCGAACCGCGAAUCGGCGAGACGGUCUCGGAUGAGGAAACAGAAGCACUUGGAUGAUCUUGUUUCUCAAGUGACAAAACUGAGGAAAGAGAAUCAAGAAAUGCUCACAAGUGUUAAUAUCACCACUCAACAAUAUUUGAGUGUUGAGGCUGAGAAUUCUGUUUUGAGGGCUCAGAUUGGUGAAUUGAGCAACAGGUUAGAAUCUUUGAAUGAGAUUGUUGGGGUUAUGAAUUCAAGCAAUGGAGUUUUUGUUGAGCCAAACAAUAGCUUCUUCUUCUUCAACCCUUUGAGUAAUAUGUCUUAUAUGAAUCAGCCUAUUAUGGCUUCAUCAGACAUAUUACAAUAUUGAGACUGAUUCGAAUUUGGAUUCUCUGCGGUGAAAAAACACGCAUUUAAAUUUAAUUCUAUAGACAAUCUCGACCGUUAAUUUGAGAUCAGAUGAAAAUUGGUUUCAAAAUAUUUUUGGUAUUAAUUUUGAUCGGACGGUCGAGAUUGAAAACUGUGAGAGAAUUGUUGAUUUGUUUUGUAUUGAGUUUGUUGAUGAGAUAUUGUAAGCACUAGCUAGUACCAAAUGGUGAUAAGGAAUAAGUGAAUGUGUGUAUCAUAAAGUGCAAAGGGUUAUGAUUAGGUGUUAGUUCUAUGGAUGAGGUCUAAUUGGUUAAUGUUGUCACCUACCUUUGUUGUUAUAUUAUAAUAUUACUAUUGACAUAA